AUGUCCAAUGAGCAGAUGACACGUGGUGGAUGGCGAAGAUUCCGUGAGAAGUGGGAAUCGUUGACUGGUGUUGCGGAAUGUGAAUGCGUAGAGCAGCAUAGUUGGGUGCUCUCCUCUGUCUUCUUGGACAAGGGGCUACUUUUCCACAGUAAAGGGCACAAUUACACAAAGAUCACAUCUAAUUUGAAAACGUUGAAUGGGGUUAUGCUCGUCGCUAAGUUCUAUGCUAUUCCAUGGGGUUAUAAAUCUGAAAUGGAGAUUCAUGGGGGGUUUUGA